AUGAGGACCCUUUAUCACAACGCCUCUGUCUUCUCUCGCACUGAAUACGAUAGCAAGGAUGCAGAUACUUGUCUCCUUGUCGAAGAUGAAAGCAUUAUUUAUGUAGGCUCCGAACAGGAUGCCCCUGCAUCCGAUAAGCAGGUCAACCUAGCCGGCCGACGAGUCCUGCCUGGGUUUAUUGAUGGACAUAUGCACCUCCUCCUCUUUGGCUCUUCGCUGUCAAAAAUCAGCCUGGCAGGUUGUACAUCCCUCUCAGAGAUCCAAUCAACCAUCCGCGAUGCAGCAACCUCCCGAUCUCCCACCACAUACCCGCGCCUCUUCUGCAGCGGGUGGAUGCACUCCAUGACGGACGGACAAGCUCUAGCCAGCGACCUCGACGAUCUCGACCCCCACGGCCGGCCGAUAUUCAUCGACGCCAAAGACCUGCAUUCAGCGUGGUGCAACACUGCAGCCCUAACGGACCUAGGAAUUGACAAAUCCACACCUACACCUGCUGGCGGAGACAUCGCACGCGAUAAUGACGGUAACCCCACCGGGCUACUCAGUGAGUCUGCCGCUGUAACGAUCGUCUGGCCGCACGUUGCGCGGGUCGCGACGACGAACGAGAAAAAGGAAUACGUGAAGGAUGCGAUUCGCGCGUAUAAUGCAGCAGGGUACACGGGAAUGGUGGAAAUGGCAACAGAUGAGAAUAUCUUCGAGACCGCGCGGCAGUUGCGAGAACAGGAGCCGGAGUCAUUUUCAAUUAGGCUGGCUAUGCAUUGGCUUAUUACGCCCGCUGCUAGCGAGGAAGAAGUGCUAGCGCAGGUCGAUCGAGCAAUUGAAUUGCAUGAGAAGUACAACAAAGAGACGAGCUCAGAUUUCCGGAUUGCAGGGAUCAAAGUCAUCUGUGAUGGUGUUGUUGAUGCCUGUACCGCGGCGCUGUUAGAGCCAUAUACGGCUGGUUUAUCAAACACUGCCUCGACAGCUUCACCGGCACCCCUCUGGGAAGAAGGUAUCCUCCGCAAAGUCGUCCAGCGCGCCGACGGCGCCCGUCUCCAAGUUGCCUUGCACGCGAUUGGAGACGCUGCAGUUGCACUCGCCAUCAACACGCUUGAAACCGUAGAGCCGCGACCAGGCUCACAAUCCCGCCGGCACCGCAUCGAACAUCUCGAACUUACUUCUCCAUCUGAUGCAUCUCGUCUUGCCUCCCUCGGUAUAACUGCCAGCAUUCAGCCCGUACACGCCGAUCCCGCAAUUCUCCGGGCAUGGCCGCGUCUUUUAGGCCCCGAGCGUGUGCGCCGUGCAUUUGCGUAUCGCGAAUUCGCCGAAGCUGGCGCAAAUGUUGCCAUUGGGACGGAUGCACCGACAGCGCCGCAUUCUGCGCUGAGAAAUCUGUAUACGGCUACCACGAGAAGAUCAGCGAGGGAGCCAGAGUGCCAGGAAACGGUUAAUGAGGGGUUUAAGUUGAGUUUGGUGCAGGCUAUCAGUGCGGCGACCAGGAAUGCGGCGUAUAGUUGUUUUGCGGACGAUGUGACCGGGGCGCUGGAGGUGGGGAAGAAGGCGGAUUUUGUGGUACUUGAUAUGCAGUGGAACGAAAACAAAUUGUUGGAAGCGAGGGUUGUAAAGACUUAUUUUCAGGGAAGGUGUGUUUUUGCAGAGUCUGAGUCCUAA